CGAAACUACAUAUUUUCUGAUGAGGGGACGCGUAUGCACGGCCGCGAGUUUCGAAGAAACUCCCUGUCGUUGCCGAGGUAGUUUAUCAUUGGUCUUUUUGCGACACCCCCAGAUGGCGCUUCGGCCUCGGUCACAGGAUUUGCCACGUCACCGCCCCCAUUCAAACUCCGCAUUUGAUCCAAGAGCAAGGUCCAAAAGUAUCCUUUGCUUUUAGUAGUGGGGAACACGCUAUUUUGGCACCUGACUGGGCUGGCAUCGGAUUAUUUGUGGGUCGUCUGCCCGGCACGUUCGCUGGAGCAAGCAAAUUCUGCUCCUCCUAAGCACGUCCUAUCAUAAUAUGGAUCUAAAAACCUCAGUCCUCAGCCCGGAUCCGGAUGUGAUCUCUGACAGAGAGAUCGUGACUAACGUGUCGAGUAGUACCCCAUCCUGGCCCCAGGUCGCGAAGGUGGGCGACAUUACCGUCUCCAUUUACCACCACACUAUCCCCAACAGUAGAUCAGACGAUGUGUCCUGUUGGACCUAUGUCUCGUCAGGCCUCCAGAGCGUAGGGCAACCCGAGCUCGUCAUUACUCUCCGGCGCCGCAGCAAUGAGCGUCCCCUGGACUGGUCCCGCGAACCCCUAGAUUGGUUCAAGAUUGUGGCUUCGUGGGGCCGCUCGGGGAGGAUUAUCGACGCAUUUCACACCCACCUCUUGACCUCGCACCACUGGUUGGGUAGUAAGAACCUGGAGACCGUCACGUACGGCCAGCCACAUCGGGGUCUUCCUAACCUGCCCCCGGACGCCCUACCCCAUGUCCGACUACACGGCAUUGCUCUCACAGCAAACGAGACCUUAGUCGCAAAGGCCUACGGGUGGACCCGAGCCAUUGGCCAUUACGGGUUGAGCAAUCGGUGGUGGCCCUACACCCCCUGGAUCGACCGAGACCGGAGCGACUGCAUCACCUUGGACGACAUGCAAGGCACUAUGCGCCUACGGACAUUUGACGUUAAAAAAGUCCGCGGCGUUAGCUUCCGGUGGAUCGACUCGAGCCUGAUCCUUGAGAUCCCCAGAGCGCGGGCAUUGGAGAUCAGGGCACUUGUAGCCGCCCUGCGCGAUGAGGAGGUGCUGGCCCUGGAUUCAUGUCUGCAUCCGGAAUCCGAUUUUUGCGCGACAUGGAAGGCCGGGCAGAGCAAGGCAUUACAUGGCUACGGCACCGGAACCACGGACGUGAAGAACUUUGCCUUUGUUGUGUUCUGCCCUCAGCAAGAGAGUGAUUCUUGGCUCUGUCUAGAAGAUGGGUGCACAUCUGGGCUGUCAUCCGAAAAGUAUUAGCAUCUAGCGAAAGUCCGCAAACCCAGAUACGCUUGGGGAGUGAUUUUAAAGAAACCCUGCACAUCGACUUUUCAACAACACCAUAUUACGAUCACUUCAUUCCUCGCCCUC